AUACAUACAUAAAAACGGCGGGCAACAUUUUCAGUGUAAUAAAAAUUUACAUCAUUUUAUAUUAUUUAUAUUUUAAAUUUAAAGUUAAAUGUAAGCAUGAAGUGCGAAUUGUGCGGUUCAAGUCGUCGUGACAGUAUUAAAUACGGCGAAUUUCUGAAAAAAAAGGGAAAAGGCGUGCAUACUAAUUGCUUGUAUUUAUCUUCUGCCAUUACACAAAAUGGUAAAGAUGAUGAGGGAAUUUUGGGAUUUCUACCAAAAGAUAUUGCGGCAGAGAAAAAACGAGUAUCAACUGUUCGAUGCUGUUAUUGCGGAGAAGUGAUGGCCAACAUAGGAUGUUGUGCAAGGCGCUGUCACUUAAAUUUUCACAUGAUUUGUGGCAUAGAAAAUGGGGCCAUGAAUCAAUUUAUUCAUAGUUUUCGUUCUUUCUGCCAUAGACAUGUACGCAAAGUUAAUUAUCGCCCAAAAAAAGACGAUGAGUGCUGUAUAUGCUUUGAAAAAAUCUUCAAUGAAAGCACUCGCUUCAGUGCAGUCAAUAUGAUACGUGCACCAUGUUGUCGGAAUGGUUGGUUUCACAAAUACUGUCUACAACAAUUUGCUAAAAAUGCAGGAUAUUUUUUUAAAUGUCCGCUUUGCAAUGAUAAUACAAAUUUUAAACAGAAUAUGUCGCUGAGUGGCAUUUUCGUGCAAAACAAAGAUGCCGAGUGGGAGAUGGUUCCCAAUGCGUAUGCCGAAUUGCUUGAGCGUCCCAGUGUAUGUGCGGCCGAAACCUGUCAUAACAGAAAGGGACGCGCUCAAGCGCAAACCACAAAUAAUCCAUUCAUCUAUUGUGUAACAUGCGGUUCUGUAGCAAUGCACCUUCAUUGCACGCCACAACGCAGCCACACAUUUGAAUGUGACAAUUGUAAAAGUAUACUGCAUGCUAACAGUGGCCUUGAGACUAUGGAGGCACAGCAACAGUUUAUAGAACUAGCGAAUGCUGAUGAUGCAGAUAUAAUUGAAGAUGAAAAUUCAGAUAUAGAUGUGUGUGGCAUUAUUAGUGAGGAAGAAGUUGACAAUGAAAUAAUUCAACGACCAUAUAUUAAAAAUGAAAAUUCAACACAAAUAAUGGAACUAGGUGACAGUUUGAAUUACUCUGAUGACACUACGUUUGAAUGCCAAAUGCAACUUGCUUAUUUGUGCAGCGAUGAUGAAAGACAAGUUAAUGCUGUUGAAGAGCAAGAAAAUGUCAUUAAUAUGCAGAACGCAGUCGAACAGAAAGUGCUUGAUGUUAAUGCAACAAUUGUCGACGCAGCCAUAAAUAGUGCAGAAAGCCAGGACAGCGAAGAAAAUUAUGCUUUAAAUAUUUCAUGUGUUGCACAACGUACACGACGGAAAUCUGUUGCGACGUAUCUACCCACGUUAGAGGGUCAAGUAGAUGAGGAUAAUAAAUCCACAGCCUCAUAUAAGUCCUCCGAAUGUUGUCAAGUAUUUGAGUAUGAUGACGGUAAUGACGCAGCUGACGAUAAUACGAAGAACCAUGUGUGUAGCACAGAACUAACGAAUGAGAAAAUAGCAAGUCCUUUAGAUAUAAGCUGUAUAGCGAAUCGCACCCGUCGUCGAUCUAUGAAAAAAAUAGAAGUUAAAUCAGAAGAGAAAAAUGUUUGUGAAGAUAAUGAUACCUAUGAACACAUUUCUUUAAGCUCACACAACACAUACCAACCGAGCCAAUGCAGUACCUUCUUUGAGUCUGAAUGUUAUAAAGACUUGGACGACGAAAAUGGUCAGCAGAUUGGAAAUGGUGAGAAUCAUGGUAAUCGUUUAAUGACUUACUUCUAUCAACUGUUAAAUGAAGUAAAGUCCAAUCCGCAAACUAAACAUACACAAACCGAAAACAACAAUGCUGAAAAUGUGGACGAGAUUGAAGUAAAAUCGGAUCCAUUAAACACAAGCUGCAUCGCGAAACGCACGCGCCGACGAAUGAGUUUUGUAAAUGUAAUUGAUACAAUUAAAGAAAUAGGCGAAGAGGCACAGGACUCAGAAUCAACAAUCAACAGUAUCACCAGUUCACAGGAUUCAUACAAAUCUUCUAUGUACUUUGGUAGUACCAUUGAACAUCAAACUCCAGCUAAUACUGAAACAGACUGCCCUGAAACUGACACUGCCAGCAAAGUAAAGCGAACUCACAGUCGUAAACGCAGUCAUGACAGCGUAAUCGAAAACGCAACUGUUAACGCACAAACUAAUACUAUUUGCAAAAAUGCAUUAACGCCGAAUGAUAUACGCUCACCUUCCAGUAAUAUGGUAACAUCGUCCACUUUCAGACGUGGUCAGAGAAGAUAUCUUCCUUCGCGCCGUUUGAUAGAGAGUGCAGAUAUGUAUAAAACACACAAAUCGUUGCUGGGACGCUCUCCAGUAACCAAAUAUGAAAACUGGUCAAACAUAAAAGAAUCCAGCGCAGCUUACUUCACACCAAAUUUUAUGCGCGUUAAUGGAAAGUUGAAAAGCGCUUUGAAGGAAAGCGCUCAACAGCAACAAAAUCCCCGACAAACAGCUGCUGCGCAGACGCAUUUUUCGCGUAGUUAUCAACUGCUUUUAGAAUGCAAUGAAAAUCACUAUGCUAGCACAAGUGCUAAUGCGCAGCGCGUUUAGACAAGCAUCAUGUCCCACUGAUGCAAUGCAAUUUAAGUUGUUUAGUUUAUUAAUUUAGAAUUGUAAGCAUUCAUUAUAUGGCUUAUUAUUAAAGCGGUUAGAACCUGAGGCAAAAAAAAUCGCGUUAAUGAGUAAGAACCACUAUUCACAUCGCGUUCAGAGCAUCAGUACAUAUAAACAUCUUGUUAAUUUGUAUACUUUUUUACUUCAUAUGAACCCACGGAGUUACAUAAAGUUGUGUCAAAGCAUUUUUAACACAUGCUGUCAUGACCAGCUGUUAUUUAUGAUUAAAAAUUGUUUACACAUUCCAACCAAGAAAAAUAUGUUUUUUUUUUUUACGUAAUAACUGUAUACGAAUAGAUUGUAAAUCAAAAAAAAAAAAAAACUUUUUGGUUCAAAGAGGAUCAGAGAAUAUAAAUAUUUGUUACUUUUCUACUCUAUAUGGACUACAAAUUGUAUUAAAAUGCCAAAAUCAGCCGUUUAGUUUCGUUUUUAUAGGUUUGUUUCUUAACUGCUAACUAUCACUAACUAGCCAGUUUCUGCGAAACAAAAAACGUUCUUAACUCAAAAAAAACAGCAGAAGAGAGCGGAAGAAGCAGAUAGACCUGCUGGUUCUUGCUAGUAUAAAAUUGCUACUGCCAUAUAAAGAAGCUGUUAAAACCUUAUUAAUAAAAAACAUAAUUUGUCUAUUAGUUGUUAGUUUGUAAGCGAUUAUUAAAUU